GUGGGCCCAGCCGUGCCUUUCCUUCAGCGAGCCGCGGCUAUGGGCCCGGCGGCCGGGGCGGAAGCGGAGGCGGAGGCCCCGGCGGGCAGAGUCCUGUCGGCGCCGCGGCUGGUGGCGGCGGCUCGGGAGGAGCUGGGGGCCGGGCGGCGGUGGCGGUUGCCAGCGGGCCGUGCCCUGCAGCUAGCCGGGGAGGUGCUGGCGGUGGCGGUGGGGCUGAAGCCGGCCUUGCUGUAUGACUGCAGUGCGGCGGGUCCCGCAGAGCUGCGGCAGUACCUGGCCCGGCUGAGGGAGGCCGGGCUGACCCCACGCCGGUUGCAUUUGCUGGGUAUGGAGGGCUCGGCCCUCCUGCUGCACCCGGGACUCGCCCAGCGGAGGCUGGCGGCUGUGCUGCGUGCCCACCCUGCGCCCUUCAUGGAUGUCUCGGCGGGGCAGCGGUACCCGGCUCUCUGUGGGCCGGUGGAGGCUGAGGCCAUCAGGAACCACCUCGCCGCCCUCCUUGCCCACCUCGGGGCUGUCGAGGCCACUGCCACUGGCCCCGUGUCCUCCAGUGAGGUUGUCCCCGCAGGCUGGAACCUCUGCACCAUCGUUGGGGUGCUGCUGGGCUACCCGGCAGCAUACACCUUUGCCAUGGAGGAGGGCGCUGAGAACUGUCUGGCGCUGACGCCGCUGAGGGUGUUCACAGUCCAGGCCUCCUGCCCCAGGAUAAGGGACGGUCUCAUGGUCCAGAUCUACUCCUUCAGCAUCCCGGAGAGCCUCUGCGCAGAGCUGAAGGAGGUGCUGGAUGCGUGGUGUGAUGAGCUGAAGGAGGCCUUCACUGCUCAGAGUGACUUUGUAGAUCUCCGCAUUUCGAGUGAGGUCGUGUCUCUUCCAGCAGUUGCCUUGUAAAACAUAAACAGACUUUUUUGCCUGUUUCUCCCUU